CGCCUUGUUCGAGGGGCUGGUCGUAGAGGUCCGAUGCGUCACGUUUGUUUGGGCCUUCUGCAUCCCACUGGCAGGGAAGCGCCCGAUUUUUCCUCCCUGGCGUCAAAACGUCCUGUAUAUAUUUAUUACAAUCGGGAAUCUUCGGGAUAACGAGGUAUCGAAAGGAAAACGCGACGCAAAGUAUGCAUUUGGAGACCAUUCUGUGUAGUUUGCUGGAGAAAAUUUCAGACGUUCCAGUUGGAUUGGUAUUUGAUACAAAUAUACCAAAAAAACUCACAAAUUAUGAACCAGCUCACUCAAAACUCUUUAUAAGACAAUUUUAGUAUCAUUUGUUACUUUUCCAAUGAACUGACCAUCAGUUGUUGGACCAAUAUUGUGCAGACAGAUCCCAAAGUGCUGAUCCCAGAAAGCUGAGUUCAUACAUGUACAGUGCAAGAAUGACAGAAGCAUGGCAACAGCAACAUGCAGUGGCCGCUCCUCCCGUCGGGCACCCGCUUCUACAAGGGGCUGAGAAUGCAUUGGGCAGUGCUGCAUAUGGUAUUGUCCUUCAGGCGGACCCUGCUUUGCAACAGUCACAGCAUGGCCAACAUGCACAGCAGCACACGCUGCCAGCUCAGCAGCCUCAGCUGCAGGUAGGCAGUGAAGGUGGCCACAAAUGUGGAGCAUGUGGUCAUGACAUUUCACAUUUGGCCAAUCCUCAUGAACACCAGUGCAUGGUUAACCAAGACCGUUCUUUCCAAUGCACUCAGUGCAUGAAGAUCUUCAACCAAGCAACAGAUCUUCUGGAGCAUCAGUGUGUUCAAGUUGAGCAAAAGCCAUUUGUGUGUGGUGUGUGCAAAAUGGGAUUCUCCCUUCUCACGUCUUUGGCACAGCAUCAUAAUGAACACAGCACUGGAAACAACCCAAUGAAAUGCUCUAUUUGUGAAAAAACUUAUCGCCCAGAUUCAUCCACCUCAAACCCUCAGCAGCCCUCUACUGCGGAGACAUCCAAUGAUGGGGCAGCCAUGGGUUCCUCUUCCACCACAGCUUUUCAGGGCUCUGACCGUCCAUAUAAGUGCUCCGUGUGCAAUAAGGCGUUUCGCCACCUUUCAGAACUCUCCCGUCAUGAAAGAGUGCACACGGGGGAGAAACCCUACAAGUGUGACACCUGUGACAAGAGCUUCAGUCAAGCUUCUCAUCUGGCACACCACCAGCGCACACACAGUGCCGAUCGGCCAUAUAAAUGCGCUGUUUGUGAGAAGACCUUCAAGCACAGGCAGCACCUGGUGCGGCACAUGUACGCUCACUCUGGCGAGCACCUUUUCAAGUGCAACCUGUGCGAGCUGCAUUUCAAGGAGUCAUCCGAGUUGCUGCACCACCAGUGCCAGCCUGCUGGAGAGCGUCCCUUUCGAUGCACAGCAUGUGGGAAAAGCUUCAAACGACCCUCGGAUCUCCGACAGCAUGAGCGCACCCAUUCAGAAGAGCGGCCUUUCCAGUGUGAGGAGUGCCAGAUGAGCUUCAAGCAGCAGUAUGCGCUUGUUCGCCACCGUCGUACACACAAAAACCCAGCCGACCGCCCUUUCAAGUGCAAUCAGUGUGACAAGGGUUUCCUGCAACCUUCCCACCUGCUGUACCACCAGCACGUCCAUGGCAUCGAGAGUCUGUUCAAAUGCGCAGCUUGCCAAAAGGGCUUCAGACAAUCUGGGGAGCUGCUAAGGCACAAGUGCACAGAAUCAAACUCUGGGUCGAACGCAGUGGAGAAGCCGUACAAAUGUGACGUGUGCGGGAAGGGCUACAAAAAGUCAUCUACGCUACAGCGCCACCAGAACUCCCAUUGCACAGAAAAGCCACUCAAGUGCUCGCUGUGCGGCCGCCGCUUCCAAUCCUCGUCGGAUUUCGUGCAGCAUCGGUGCGACCCUGCUCGAGAGAAGCCCAUGAAGUGCGCAGACUGCGAGAGACGCUUUAAAUAUUCUUCCGAGUUGCAAAGACAUCGAAGAGUCCAUACAGGAGAGAAACCCUUCAAGUGUCCCACCUGCGACAAGGGAUUCAAACAGCGCGAACACUUGGCUAAACAUGGCAUCAUCCACUCCCGCGAAGCUCAGUUCAAGUGCGUGUGGUGUGGAGAGUGCUUUGGAGAGCUCGGAGCCCUUCAGGAGCAUACAGUUCAACACACUGCAGAAGGAGGAGGGUAUCCAGCUUCCUCGUGCAUAGAGUGAGACCUCCUUACCAAGCUAAAAUAUACCUGAUUUUUCUUAUGUAUGUUUAGUGACAUAUCCCACAAGCAUUGCAGUAAAUGUUGGACUGGUAAGGAACUACAGCUUUGAUGUACCUUUGGUAGAUUUUGGCAACAUCGCAUCUACUCCACAGACAGAAACGUCAACUAUUUUGAUGAACAGAACUGCACACGAGAGUUGCUCCUCAAAAAAAAAAAAGAAACUGCAUGUAAAAAUGAACAAUUUAGUCUCAUAUGCGACUUGUAUACCACGUGUUUGAGACCAGCCAAGAAACAGCUGAUCAGUUUUACAAGGAACUAAAGAGUUAAAGUGUGAGUUCUGCUUUGCGCAUUCAAAGACCAGUAUAUAUCUAAAACAAGAUAAUGUAGUGCAGUUACCAGUGAAAGCUCUUUUUAUUAUUUUUUUCAGAAUUACUUAAGCAAGAACAUGAUAGCCACCCUAGAACUUCACAGGAUUGACCUCGUCUAGAUGAUUCAUUGGUUUUCUUUUGAACUAUUUGGCCUUGUACCUUACAAAUUAACUGCCUUUCUUCCAGUGAUCUCCAUCUCAUGCCUCCUCCACGUUAGUAACGGAACACUGUCUGGCCAUCUGGACAAUAUACAGUAGUGAUUGUAUGUAUUCUUAAUGUAUAACUCCCAUCACCUAACCCAUAAUGUAACAGGGUAUAUGUAUGCAUGAAUAGCCUAAAUAAUUUAUACCGUUUGUUGUCAUAUUAACUUGUAGGCAAAAUGACUACACGAAAAAAAAAAAAUAGUAGCCAUUCUAUUUCUCUUGCGCAUUUUGACUCAUAACAACGACGCAGUUAGUUUGCAAGCAGUUCUAAGAGUGAAUUUACAGUAGUACCGCGUUUCGCAGUUACUUACUAACUGCCAGGCGACAGAGAACAACGAGGAAGUAUUUGAGUUUGCCGACUGCAAACGGAUGGUGUUUUGCGUUAGCUAAAUAAUGCUGUAGAAUUUGUAAAGAUAUCUGUACAUGGAUGUUUUGUAUCACUUUGACAUGAGUACAGUGCUAGGUUUUAGUAUCCGUUUGUGUAUCAUCAUACUGUAAACUGUGCAUAUGUGAUUGUUUCCUCUUGUGAGGAUAUGUUGUUUCUGUUUUAGUGGAUUAUUCUUUUACCGCAGACACCUUGUUUAGUUUCUCUGACACAGAUUUAAUUGUUUGAUUUCUGCUUUAGAAACAAAAAUGUCACAAAAGAUGGUUGGAAUUUUAGUUUUUACGCUUGCGUCAAUGGAUCGGAUGACAAUAGAGCGCUGCAGUUUCGACGACAAAACCCUGAAGAGUUAAGAUCUAUGGGAAGCAUAAUUUUAUAACAUUUGGACAUCACGCUUUAAACUGCACAUCCUGGCACCUCAGAUGUUCUUAUGUAGUGAUUUGUUACAAAGAUUUUUUUAUUGAUAUGGGUUUGUAAUUUACAUGUAAAUCAAAAAGUCCAUGUAUCAUCAAUUUAUGUUCAACUUUUAAAAAAAAAAUAAUAAUAAAUUGAAAGUCGCAUUAUAAAAACCAAUGGGAAGUCUUGAGGGAAUUAACACUGGGUCAACUUUCCAGGUUUUGAUGUACUGCAGCACCCUAUAUAACUUCUUGUUUGGGUUAAAAUACUGUAUCUCACUGAACUGCAUAACAGGCAAUCAACAGCUUUUGUAAUUAUAUAGAAAAUAUAUAUAAAUUGAAAAAUUGAAGAGUACAAAUACAGGUUAUAGGAUUAAAAAAAGCUAAAAUACAGUAUUAACUAGUAGUUGAGUGUUUUUGAAACGUAAACCUCUUACAAUGCAGUUUUUAAAUGUCUAAUUGAAUCCAUAUUAAUGAUACAUUUUUAUUAACCUAACAGCUUGAAUGUAAAUAUUGCAAACAUUUCAUGACCUACCCCCUCAUGCCUCAGAAAGCCUUAUUAACAUUAACGGCUAAUGUGUCAGUAUUGUUUGUUCUGUUACAGAUUUGUGUACUCUUCAUGUGCAUUAAAUGCAGAGAUUGAAUGGUG